AGCUCCCGGCAGCGCCUCCCUCGGGAGCCGAACUCCGCGGGCCCUGUCUCUUUAACGGCGCGGCGUGUGGCGGUGCGCGGAGCGGAUCGCGUCCUGUCACCGGGUCGCGGAGGAGGAGUUUGUUAAUGUUCAGUUUGCUCGGUGGAUCGAUGUUUGCUGGCAUCGCCUCGCCCUGCCUGUGUGUGUGUGUGUGUGUGUGUGCGUGCGUGUGUGUGUGCGGGCGGGUGUGUGUGUGUGUGUGUGCGUGUGUGCCUGUGCGGUGUGUGUGUGUGCGUGUGAACAGCAGAUUUCCUCCCAUCCAAAGCCUCCCUGUCCUCUCCCAUAUCACUCACCGCCUGGCAUCUGACAGCACGGAACCUGCAGCGCUCCGCGCACACGCACACACACACACACACACACCCGGGCACCGCUCCGCCAUACAGCUCUGCGAGGAGGAGGAGGAGGAGAGGAGAGGAAAGGGAGGAAGCAGCCAGCCCCACAGUCUUUCCAGAGCUGCCUUUUUUAAUAUAUACAUAUCUAUUUUGUUAUUUAUUUAUUGCCAUCCUCUGGCACUGUGGGCGCCUUUCAUUUGCUCCUGAGCUUGGAUGUUUGAAUCAAAGCAAAGCAAGUGUUGCAACAGUUAAAAAAAAAAAAGAAAAAGAAAAAAGCCAACCAAAAAAAAAAAAAAAAAAAGCGAGAGAGAAAGAAAGAAACCUAGAUCUCUAAAAUAAAAUAAAAACCAAACAGGUUCCUAUCAGUGAAGUGGGAAGGAGGGGGGCAGGGGAGGCUUGAGGGGGUGCCGGGGGAAGCGGCUGAGGCAGAGGAACACGGCUCAGGAGCGUCUCAGGGCUCUCGGAUCUGGGGACAGAAGUGAGAUUGGAGAAAGUAGAGCGAUGCCAAGGAGGAAACAGCAAGCACCCAAACGGGCUGCAGGUUAUGUCCAAGAGGAAGAUUUAAAGGAAGAGGAAGAUAUAAAGGAGGAGGAAGAAGAUGAUGACGACAACAAUUCAACUGCUCAACUCCAGGGCAGCAAUGAUACUGGCACGGAUGAGGAACAUGAAGUGGGUCCUGAGCAGAAAGGGAACUUCAGUUACCAGAAUUCCCCUGUCAGUCAUAUAUCUAACCAGGAUGCUGAAAACGAAUCACUACUAAGUGAUGGUAGUGACCAUGUGGCAGAUAUUAAAAGCAUUUGCUCUAGAGAGCCACAGGACCCAAAAAGCAGCACCCAUCCCAAAGCCCAGAAUGAAGCACACAAUUGCAUGGAUAAAAUGACAGCGGUCUAUGCCAACAUACUGUCGGACUCUUAUUGGACAGGCUUAGGGCUGGGUUUCAAAUUGUCUAACUCUGAAAAGAGGAGUUGUGACAACAGAAAUGGAGGGAACAAAGCUGAUUUUGAUUGGCACCAAGACGCACUGUCCAAAAGCUUACAGCAGAAUUUACCUUCCAGACCUGUCUCGAAACCCAACCUGUUCAGCUCAGUCCAGCUCUACAGACAGAGCAGCAAAAUGUGUGGAACUGUGUUCACGGGCGCCAGCCGGUUUCGGUGUCGGCAGUGCAGUGCUGCCUAUGACACGCUGGUAGAACUAACAGUUCAUAUGAAUGAGAUGGGUCACUACCAAGAUGACAACCAUAAAAAGGACAAGCACAGACCUACCAGCUAUUCAAAGCCCCGAAAAAGGGCUUUCCAGGACAUGGACAAGGAAGAUGCACAAAAAGUUCUGAAAUGUAUGUUCUGUGGUGACUCUUUUGAUUCCCUUCAAGAUCUGAGUGUUCAUAUGAUAAAAACAAAACAUUACCAAAAAGUGCCUUUGAAGGAGCCGGUACCAACCAUUUCUUCAAAACUGGUCACUCCAGCAAAGAAACGUGUGUUUGAUGUUAACAGGCCUUGUUCCCCCGAUUCCACGACGGGGUCUUUCUCAGAUACUUUUUCUCCUCAGAAGAAUGCGAACCUGCAGCUAUCAUCUAACAACCGCUAUGGCUACCAGAAUGGUGCCAGCUAUACAUGGCAGUUCGAGGCCUGCAAAUCCCAGAUUUUGAAGUGUAUGGAAUGUGGAAGUUCCCAUGAUACCUUGCAGCAGCUCACGACCCACAUGAUGGUCACUGGCCAUUUCUUGAAAGUCACAAGUUCAGCUUCAAAGAAAGGAAAGCAACUUGUUCUGGAUCCUUUAGCUGUGGAAAAAAUGCAAUCACUGUCUGAAGCACCUGCCAGUGACAGCCCAGUUUCAAAAUCAACCAGUAAAUCAUCUGCAGAAUGCAUAGCUCCCACCUCUGAACUAAAAAAAGAAAGUAAAAAAGAUAAAGUUGAUGAUGCAAACAAAGAUGAGAAAGCAGUAAAAUCUGAAGAGUAUGAAGACACUCUUCAGAAACCACUGGAUCCCACAAUGAAAUACCAGUACCUCAGAGAAGAAGAUUUAGAAGAUGGUUCAAAGGGUGGUGGGGACAUUUUAAAGUCCUUGGAGAACACUGUCACAACAGCCAUCAAUAAAGCUCAAAAUGGAGCUCCUAGCUGGAGUGCGUAUCCCAGCAUCCAUGCAGCUUAUCAGCUCUCAGAAGGAGCUAAGCCAUCUUUGCCUGUGGGUUCCCAAGUACUGCAAAUCAGACCAACUAUCACCAAUAAACUGAGGCCCAUAGCUCCAAAGUGGAAGGUCAUGCCUCUGGUCCCUAUCUCAGCAAAUGUGUCCCAGUGCACUCAAGUGAAGAAGGAAACUGAUGACAAGGAGGAGAUACAAAAGGACUAUGCUAAAGAGAGUAUCCAGGCUGAGCCUGCCUCACUCAACCAGGGCGAGGGAGAACCUCUGCUCAAAUCUGAAGCCUCUGUGGAGCCAAAAAAGACAGAACCAUGUCCCUUGAAAGAAGAAGACAAAAUUAAAGAGGACAGUGGAAAAGAAAAAACAGUCCUCAAGGAAACAACAGCAGCUUCUCUUAGUAAUGGUUGUGCUGCUGCCAGCCAUUCAUCUGACCUGCCUUGUGUCAACCCUCUCAGUGCGCUGCAGUCAGUGCUGAAUAAUCACUUGGGCAAAGCCACUGAGCCUUUACAGCCUCAAUCCAGCUGCAGCCCCAGCUCUAGCACAAUUUCUAUGUUCCACAAAGCUAAUCUAAAUAUGAUGGAGAAGCCAGUUUUAUCUCCAGCUCCAACACCACCAAAGCCUGCAAGUGUAUCCAGGCACUAUUUGUUUGAAAACAAUGAUCAGCCUAUUGACCUGACCAAAUCCAAAGGCAAGAAAGCUGAGUCGCCUCAAGCACAAUCUUGUACUUCUCCACCUCAAAAACAUGCUCUGUCUGACAUCGCUGACAUGGUCAAAGUUCUUCCCAAAGCUACUACACCAAAACCUGCAGCAUCUUCAAGGAUCCCAUCUAUGAAAUUAGAAAUAGAUGUCCGACGCUUUGAGGAUGUCUCAGCAGAAGUCUCCACUCUGCAUAAAAGGAAGGGCAGACAGUCAAACUGGAAUCCUCAGCAUCUUCUCAUUUUGCAAGCUCAGUUUGCUUCCAGCCUCUUCCAGACAUCUGAAGGUAAAUAUUUAUUAUCAGAUCUAGGCCCACAAGAGCGCAUGCAGAUUUCCAAAUUUACUGGACUGUCGAUGACCACCAUCAGCCAUUGGUUGGCAAAUGUCAAGUAUCAACUUAGGAAAACCGGAGGAACAAAGUUUUUGAAAAACAUGGACAAAGGACAUCCAGUCUUUUAUUGCAGCGACUGUGCAUCUCAGUUUCGAACCCCAUCUACUUACAUUAGCCACUUAGAAUCUCACCUAGGUUUCCAAAUGAAAGACAUGAACAGGCUGGCUGUGGAGCAGCAAACCAAGGUAGAGCAAGAAAUCUCCAGAGUUUCAGUUCAAAGAUCUCCUGAAACAAUAGCUGGAGAAGAGGACACAGACUCUAAGUUCAAAUGUAAGUUGUGCUGUCGGACAUUUGCAAGCAAACAUGCAGUAAAACUUCAUCUAAGCAAAACACACAGCAAGUCACCAGAACACCAUUCACAAUUUGUAGCAGAAGUGGAUGAAGAAUAACUCUUAAGGACAAAUGCCUUAGUUCCAGCUCUCCAGCCCAGGCUCCCCGCACCCAGCCCAUCCCUGCACGUCACUCCGAUCCUGACAUUGAACUCACAGCAACCCGGACCGAGAAGACUGCCAAAAAAACUCCCGCUAUUCUUCUUCAUCCUCACUAACAAUUUGGUAAUGAAGUAUUGAUUUCCACUCCCCUGCUUAUGGACAAUAUUAGAUUUUCAUUGAUAAACUGCACUGGGGCUGUCUGGUCUCCACUGUCCCUUUUUGCUGUCACUAAAACAAAGUGCCACUGAAGUAAGAUAAUGACUGAGAACAUUGAUGUACUUAUUUCGUCAAUUUGUAACACUUGACAGGAAAAAAAAAUUCUUCAUAGUUUAAUGUCCAAGUGUGCUACACAAGAUGCAGUCACAUUGGAAGCUUUACUUUUCAUGGUAAUGUCCAUUUCCUAUUUAUAACCCCUUUGGGAUAGUUUGUCUAAAGGAAAUGUUUCUAUUCUGUGCAGCUAUUACUGUUGCACCUGGGUUGCCCAAUCCAGUCAUUGCACUAGGGAUCAAUACAUCACAGUAAGUACAAGAAUUAUUAAGUUAAAACAGAUUCUGAGCCAAAAAACCUCUGAACAAUGUUAAUCUUCUGUGCAAGUUGUUCAAAUAGUUAUGCUUAACCAUGUUGCUGCCAAAGAUUUGUUUGAAAUGGAUUAUUUUCAGUUUGUUUUAUUCCUCAGAUAUAUAUAUAUAUUUAAAUCUCCAUUAUGGUUUAUGGCAAGACAUAUGCGAUGGAGUGAUUUUUAAAACAAAAGUACUAUUAUUAGAUUAUUGAACAUUAUAUAAAUAUAGGUAUAUCUAUAUAUAAAUAUCACUAUAUAAGUAUCUAUAUAUAGAUAUAAAAGAAUAAAAGUAGAAUUCCUUUCUCAGUUAGGUGGGUGUAAAUCUGAAGCUCUCUGUUAUAGUUGGUGGAGUUAGAUUGGAUUUAUGCCACCAGAAAUGAGAUCAGAAUCUGGUGUUCGUGCUCUCCAGCCGGCCUGGCACGGAUGGGCUGGGAAGCACAGCCGACUUCAAGUCAACUGAGACCUGGGGAGAAGGGGGCUACAAAGACGGAAAUUUCAAAUUUGUGCUUGUAACUUUUUUCAUUAAAACUUUGAGGUCCCCAUUUUAAUUUGUGGAAUAUUCACGUUAAUAAUGAGAUCUAAUUAAGACAUCCAUUAAAAGCCCGUUAAAGUUAAUUUAACGUAAAAAUUCCAAUAGAACUGUAUUAGAUUUUCUCCAUUAAAUUAACGUUAUGGAUUUUUAACGGAUGUCUUAAUUAUACAUUAUUAUUAACGGGAAUACUGUAUUACACAGAUUAAAAUCGGGUCCCGAGUCAACUCACAAAAUCUUCCAGGAUAUGCUAAUGUCACAAGUCUCACGUUACCUAGUGCACUGCUUGGAAAAUCAGGCACAGCCCUUUUUGCUCUCGCUGAGCAUUUCCUCACAGCGAAAGCAACCUCCAGUAGACAAACCCAUCUCUGUGUCGAACGAUGAACUUCCCUUAUCCUCAAAGGAAAAAUAAGUCUGGAUCAGGUUGCAAAUCACUACUCCAUUGCAAAUGAAAUAUUCAAAGUAUGCUAGGCACAAGUUGAGAAGAGGAUCAUUCUCAAAUAAGAGAGGGCUUUGGGAUGUCUUUUACUAUUGUUUUUGUUUAGAUGUUGAAGGAUAUAAUUGCAGUGCAGCAUUCAUGAAAUCAGACUAAACAUGUUUACUGCAUUCCCUGUGGCUUGUACAGAAGGGCCUGUUUUGGCAUUGUUUGGGAAAUUUUGACAUGAUCCCUAAACUCAACAUGGAGGAGAAAAAAAAGGCCCUUCUUAUUUACCUCCUAGGGAAAGUGUUGCCCUUAUGCCACAUAUAAUAGCAAAUUGCUUUUUUUAUAGCAUGCAUAACCUAGAUGGGAAAAAAUAUGGCGCUUGAGGGAAGGAGGGAAAAAGUAAAUGAAGUUCCAGGAAUGUCAUUCUGAAGUAAUGAGGCAUGGACAGAAAAUAUACCCCUCACAUCAUCGGAUUGAGAUGGCAGUCGAAAUAGCUUCAUUGAAGUGUCAGCACUCAUCCAUCAAUCAAUCAUCCACAAGGAAAAAUAGCGACAGUACAACGGGGCGGCUUUUAUGGGAUUUACUCAUGGGCAUAGGGAAUAGCAGCUCAAAUGUAGUUCUGACAUGAAAAGCAAGGUGCUGAUAUUAUUUUUUAUGAUGGGAGGAUCAUAAAGUGAAUUGAGAACAGUGAGGUCUGUCUUUGCUUAACCUAUUCAACUGGAAAUGAACGGAGCUCAACUGGAAACGAGCAGAGCCUUCAGAUGGGUUAAGAUUGAAGCCUGCGCCGUGCUGAGCACUGGCCAUUGACAACAAAAUUCUAUUAAAGCAAAAUCAAUGCAUUAGCAUUGAGCUCCUCAGAAGCUGUUAAAUUGCACAGCCCAGUUCAGAGUUAUUAAGUGAAGUUGCACAAGGUAGGUCCUGUGCCUCAGACCCAAAGGCAGCAAACACCAUGGUAAAAUGCCUCCUGGGAGAAACUGUGUGUGUAUCUCCAGCCCCACUCCUUUUGGAUGCUCUAGAAAAAGUACUUGGCUUAUUGUGGCAUCCAGCGGGUGACGUUCCCACGUACUUCAGACGACCCUGAUCCUGUGCCCUGUGCUGGGCCAUCUGCUUUGGUAGAAACCCUCUGUGUAGUAUGUUUUGCCAUGUCCGAGCCACACAGGUGCCAACAUGGGCUACUAUCCGGAGUGAGGAGCAUUCUUCCUGCAAGAGGGUGGCCCACAGCAUCGAAGACUGGGGCUCUUUGAGGCACCAGCUGCUCGAUUUUGGCAGAAAAGAGGCUUUCCCGGUGCUCCAAAGCCAGUGAACAGUGGGGUGGUGAUAGGAAACAUGGUCCCACCAUCCCACGUCACCAACUGUGCUGGCACCUGGGACCCUGGAGCUGAGGACUGGUGCGCCCAAGGGGGGUCCGGCUGUCCCAGAGGCAUAUUCUGCUCAGGAAGCUUCACUCCAACACAGCCAAGUGUGGGAAUAGCUACUUCAUUUAAAAUCUGGCCACAAACCUUUAUUACACAGUGCUAAACCUUGAUUAUUUUGCCUGCAUCGCUGUCCUCUGGGAACAUUUUAGGUACACAUUUGAAUUAAGUGACUUUUUUUUUUUUUUACAAUAUGAUAUAAAAAAAAGUAUGUCUCUCCUCUCUCCCUGUAUGAAACUGGAUGAGUUGAUAGUUUAUCUGUCAUAUAAAUCAGGUAACACAGAAAAUCAUUGCAUCUUUUCUCUGUCGUAUCUACUCAAUAUCUAUUGGUCUGACUUUUAUUCUUAUUGGAUAUCAUCAAAACAUUAAUUAAAAGCCUGGUGAUCAAACAGCCGAAUAUUUAUGAUUCACAUCCUUGCUUAUUAACAAGUGGCAUAUUGAUACACCACAUAUCCAAGCUCUUUAUGCUCUUGCGCUGCAAUAAAGCAGUAAGAAGUGUUACCCUUAUGCACUGCUUUGAGAGAUUUAUUCGGAAACCAUAGUUCCCUUCCCGCCACCAUCCAUGUCAAAAUAAGCCAUAUCACCUUAAAAAACGUGCUAUUUUAAAAGAGGGAGAUGUAAUUAGCAUCUCUUUGGAGCCUAAUAUGUAAGAAUUUCAGUGGAUCAGUCUCAGGUGUUUUUUCCAGGCUCUUAUUAUUUAAGCUGAGAGGGAGAAGGACACUUACCUUUAAAAAUGGCUGUCAUUAGUACAAUAAUAAUUGUUGGUUUAAAAAAAAUCUUUGAGAAUCUACUAACAAACCUGCCCAGUGAUUACUUGUCAAUGCAACUUGUCAUGGGCUUUAUUACCUACUUGUGAAAGUAUUUACAAGACUGACCUCCCUAGCUUUUUUAGAGAUCAUGGAGGAUAGAAGGAGUCAUUUUAAAAAUCAAUAAUUAUAUAUUAACAUGAUAGGGGUUGAAGCCUUCCAAGCCAGUUUUACAGGCUAUUGAGUUAACCCUUACACAUUCAGAUGGCAGGAAUUUUUUCUCUCAAUUUUGGUCUUUUUUUCUUUCCUUACAUGUGUUCUGAUAAAAAGCCAGAUUUAUUGCCUAAUUAAUACCUGCAGUUCAGUUCCUAAAGUAGAAGGGGAUGUUCUCACUGGGAAGCAUCCAUGGCUUUGCACAGAAAGUGAGCUGCCCUUGGUUAGCAGGAAAGCACGAAAGGAACAGAGUUUUUGUGCAGGGCAGCUUCUGUGUGAGAGCUACCCAAAGGGACAUUUCCUUUCUGUAGCACUGCCCUCUGCUAAUUCCCAGUGGCCCAAUCCUGCCGUGAAGGUGCUGCUCUGGUUCAAGCACAGCUGCUCAGGUCAACCCCUCGCUUUGGUCUUCCUGUGAAUAUUGUUUUGCAAUCAAACCUGUUAAGAAAACACAAGGGGAUGGAAGAUGGCAACCUAAUUUUUGGCAGAGAUUUUCUCCCAGGGAAAAAAUGACUCUGUUCAGUGCCCGAGGCCAGACUGGGCUGAGGCCACUGUCCCCUCUCUGCUGCCAUCAUAACUUUCAGGCUGGAGAAAGCGCCGUGGCUAAAUGGAGGUGGAUCUCAUCACACAGGGCUUUUGCCUUCACAAACAGAUAUACGAUGCAAUUUAUAUUUAAAAUUCUCUCUAUAAAGACAGUAUUGAUCACAAAUUCCAGAUCAAUAUGUUGCAAUUACAGCAGGUUUUAGAGGCCAUCUGUCCCCAAGCAACAGCACUGAUAUAACCUCCUCUAUAUAUUUUGAAAAACGCUACUGAUAUGUGCCCAUCUUCUCACAGUACGAUCUAACAUACUACUUUUGCUCCUAGGAAGUGUGUUUAGGAGCUACAUAGGGUUGUCAUUCCUGGCUAUUGGCCAUCCAAGAGGCCUCAGACCAGCUUUUUGUUGAGUUUCAAAGUCACGAUGGGGUCAGUGACACUGUGGUUUUACUGGCCUGAUUUUCCUCCUGUCCCUCACAAUUUAUCCCACAGGUUGCAACUUUCCUUUUUGCCAAACCUCUGUUCUCAGUUGGGAAUGAUCAAUAAGAGGUUGCUGAAUUUCACUAAAACUAAAAACUUUUCAGUAAUGGUGCUGAAGAGUUGGAUCUGGACAUUGGUAGGUGUAAACUGAGCCUUUUUAUAUGUGACAUUCGACCACAGUGAAUAGAACAUUCGAAAUUUCUAUCUGUAGAAUAAAUAGCAUGCAUCUGAAGCUAGAUUUCAAUUCACAUUUCAUCAAGCUGAAGCCCUAAUUUGUCAGUACCUGAAGUCACGAUAAGUCUUUCUGUUGAUGGCCCUGAUGAGCCAUUAUGUAGUUAUUCCAGAAAUGCUUUCUGGAUUUUCUUUUUUCUUCUUAAUUAUUCCCUGCAGUGGUUGACUUCACACAAGCACGCAGAAAUUAGGGAUUUUAUUCCCCAAUUAUCUGCUGAAGUGAAAGAAUACAAAAUAAAAACAAUGGCUGUAUGGUGAUAAUAAGAAGCCAACAUACCUUUGCAAAUGAACACGUGCCAAGCAUAAAACCUGGGUGUGCAUCCCACACACACUGUGCCGUGUUGUGCCAGCAUGUUCCUAAUCCUCCCUACAACCGCCUCCCUCCAACUUCAUUUCAGACUUCAGCUUUAUACCAGUAUCUAAAACACAGAAGCCAGAUUCUGAAUGCAUUUAUUCCAGUGUAAAUCCAGAGCUACUCCUUUGAAUUCACUAUGUUUAUCCUCUGCCUACGUGGCUCCAAAUAUUGUCCUUAUGCUCCGAACCUUGGAUUCCUAACAUGUUUAGAUGGUUUUGAAAACAUUUUCAGCAAACAGUCUCUAGCUCAGUGCAGAUUAAAUCGAAGGCACAGGCUGCACUUCAGAAGUUUUAUAGUUAUGUCAGGGAAGUGAUUGCAAAACUUUGUUAUUGACGUGACUAUGCUGAUGAAAGUCCUCAUGUAAAAACAGUUGUAUCGCUAUAAAGCACUUUAUACUGGUACAGCUUAUUUUGCUUUGCUGGACCACUUUUAUACAAGUGCAAGCACUUUUAUCCUGGUAUCCUUCAGUCUACACUAGUGGUCAUUUUUUUGUUUUAACUAUGCUGGCAGAAAUGUGAUAAAGUUUAAGGUGACACUGGUGUUUCUUGCACAACAGUGUCCGUCCAAUAUUUUCUUUGAGAGCAUUUUUAAAAGUGAAAUAGCUGUACCACUGGAAUUAACUGCAGAGAGUAAUAAACUUCCAGUUCAUCAUCACUCUCAGCUCAUGAAAUGUCUUCAGGCUUUUGUAAAAAGCCCUGUUUGAGACAACAGAUUAAAUACUAAUCCUGGCAGAUCGAACAUCUCCACUUGAGCCCAUACCAUCUAGCUGAGCAAACUUUUUCUUUUUUUCUUUUUUUUUUUUUGGUCUAAGUAAAGGCAACAAAUUCUUUCAUUAGAUGAGAUAGCAGGAAAAAAAGAUCAAUAUUUUAAAAAGAAAACAAAAAUAAUAUCUUGCAAAAAUGCAGCUACGCUAAAUGCAAGGAAUGCUUUCCCUUGAAAGCCACAUCCCCAUGUGGUCAUCAGCCCAGGCGAGGGAUGCAUUUGCAGUACUUAAACAUCCAUGCAAUUGUCUCAAAUGUGGAAGAUUUAUAUGGGCAAUGCGUUCACUUACUAACUACUCAUGUAACGUUAAAACAAUACAUACCUGUAUAUAUCAAGGUAGAUUUGCAGCGAGAUACAGACCUCUUCCCCUGUACACACUCGCGUGCUUGUGCACACACAGGUACACCGUGCAGGUGUGCCUCUGCUCAUGAUCAGGCAAUGAUGCCGGGGCUGAAGUAACAGCUGGGCACUGCUGGCACCAAGUGAGGCAGCAGAUAUCUUCAGGAUGUACAACCCAGUAUUUUGGCUUUAUAACGCAGCAAAUGCUGGAAUGUGCAAUACAGGUUGCAAAAGCUGACAAGCUAAACAGUUCUUAUUUGGCUCAGGGUACUUCGCUGUCAUAUGUCUCCGGUACAAUAUGUGCCCUUUUGUCUCUAGUGCUUAGGCAUCACUUCUUAAUCCUUUUGUGUUUGGGGUUUUUUUCUGUACAUUUGUUUUGGGUUUUAUUAUGUUGAAUACGUCAGCAGGAAUCAUUAGAGAUCCACCCCCAUUUUAAAUAAUAAAGCAUAAGUGGCCAUAAUAGUAAAUCUGAUGGUUUUGCUCUGCCCCAGCGCUUGUGGUAUGUAGUAAGUUUGUUAUUGGCAGCAUCUUCAGGUUACACCUGUGACCCGUGGUGUUAGGUCUAGAAUUUUGUUUAAAAAAUAAUAAUAACAAUAAUAAUAAAAAAAAAAUCAAAAGCUCAUUUCUCUUUAAAAAAAAUAAAUGUAUAUACUACCAAUCUCAAACCAGAAAGAUUAAACACAUUUUUUAUAUGAACAACACGAAUGGGACUCCUUUCCGAGAGGACUCACGGUGACUUUAUCUGUAGAAUGUUUCAGUGCUUCUGCACUCAUUUUGUAACAAGUGCAUGCUGUAUAGAAUAUAUUGCCUGUAUACUUAGAGUGAGGGGGGGGGCAAGCUGCUUUUCAUUGUGUACUGCAGCUUGUUUGGAUGAAAAGUCGCGCCUUUGAUGCAUUUUUAUACUGUACAUAUUUGUAUAUAUUAACUCUAUUGCCAUGUUCUGAACACAGAUUUUGUUAUAUUUGCUUGUUUCGGUUUCCUACAAAAAUUGGUUCAUGACGGGAAAUACUUUUUUUUUUUAAUAGAAAAUAUGCUUGUAAUUUCUGUUUGUUUGUUUUCUUGGUCAUCAUCUUUUAAUGGCUCAUAAAGGAAUUAGAGAUGAGUUUUUGGAGGAACUCUGAAAUGCAAGUCUGUGUUUGCAUGAGACCUGCCCAAUUGCUGGCUAUAAAGGGGGGCGGGGGGAAGAGGGGAAAUCUAAGUCAAGUUUUGCUUUUAAAGCAUGCUAGUCCCAUGGGAAAACUCAUACAUGUACAAUUAUUCUCUUUGUAUUUUAUCUAAUAGUGCCUGAAUUAUUAUUUUUUUUAAUAUCUUCUUGGAGGAACAAUUCAUAAUUGUCAAACUUUGAAACAUUAGCUUAAUUUUGUCUUCAUGACCUCUCAUUUCUCCUCCUUAUUUAUUUUGUUGCUGUUCAUAAUGGGCCCCAAGGCCAUUUCUGACAUUGCAGUGUUCUUCUUCCACAUUAAGGAUGUUUUUAAAAUUACUAAGAUUAUUGAGCCAACAGGCUGUUUUAAUCAAAACCAUGUUUCACUUGGGUUUGAUGAUUACGAAUGGUCCCUGCAAUGGCAGAACCCUUUCUGCUGGGAGGACCCUACCACCUAGUGGCCCCGAAGCAUCAGCACAGAGAUGCAUCUUCCCAAUAUUCCCUGUCUUUCUCAAAGCCAGGCUGGCAAUAUUGCUUCAAAUUAUUUGCUUAUUAUAACUAACUUAAACUAAACAAAUUGAUAAUGUUAAUGGCAUUUUUUUUUUCCUCCUUUGGUUGAUGAUUGCUAAAUAAAUUCGUAUAAUUUAUACUAGAGGAGAUUACUGCUUUUAUUGUUUUGGGUUCCCCCAAACCAAUUAUUAACAAUCAGGACUAUGUAUCUCAUUAAAUUUAAAUCAGGUCAAACCUAUUUAUCUAAGGCCUUUUCUGAUACAGGAAGAUGACUGCAUUCCAAUGCGUUUAAGAUGUAUUUCUGUGUAUGAUUUUGCAGCAUUGAAAUCUAUGAUUCUUGUAAUGGUGGUUUUUAUUUCUGUAUUUUUACCAAGGUAAAUAUAUUGUAAAAACAAAAAAACAAAAAAAAUCCCUCAACUUUACCAUAGAAAACAUCACUUUUUAUGCCCAGGGAUAUUUUUUUUUUUUUUUUAAUAAAAUCACUGCAGUUUUAGAACUGUAAUUAAAGCCCUGAAUAAUAGAUCACUCAUCUUUAUCUGUUGUGUUUAAAAGGAAAAAAAAAAUAGCCCAAACUGUUCACAUAAUCCUGAAUGCCUCAUUUCCAUAAAAAAGGUUUCUAUACAUAUAUUAUUUACAUUUUUAAACAUGGUAAUUCUUUCCUUUGUGGCAUAAAAUGUCUCUUUUCCACUGCAGCUAUUGGAAAGCGACUGCUCACAUCUGAAAUGUUAUCGUAAUUUGCAUCAGGAAACCCAACUGCAGACAUUAAGGACUUGGGUGUGUUCAAUUAUGAUUUUGCUGGAGGCUGUCCCUCAUUUUAAUGCUGCACUCAUUGAACUACCUUUCUGAAAUCUAGCUGAUAUGGUUCACCAUAGACAUGCUUCACAACAUCAUUAGCUUUGCAAAUGGCUUCAUUUCAGUCAAUGCAGACUUCAGUUUUGGCCAAUUGUAAAAUGGAAAUUUGAAAAGGAAAAAAAGAAAAAAAAAAAACAGAUGCACUUAAAACAUGAAAAGAAUUAUUUAUAUGAUAAAAAUAUAUUUAGAUUUUCAAAGCACAAGACUGAACAGAAGUGCUCUUUUUAUGCUUUCUGAAGAUGUUACUGUUAAAAGUCUUUCUACAUCAGGCUUAAUAAAUCUGUAAUG